UCCCCCUGCCUUCCUCUUCUUUCUCCCGAUCAAUGCAUAUUUGCAAAAGGAUUAAGCCACAGAUUUAAGCGACGGGAGCCCAUUUCUGCCUUGCAAAGGAGACCGGACUGAAAAACCAAAAGCCAGCUCUGAUUUCUUUUCGCCAAGUGGGAAGGAUUUGAAGACAGCUUGAAGGAUAAAAAGCCUUGGUGCUUCCCAGGAGCCGAGCCGAGGAGCAGAAGAGGAAGAGCCGGGGGCUGCCGUUGCCUUUGGAGAUGGACGAGCAGCCCAGGCUGAUGCAUUCCCAUGCUGGGGUCGGGAUGGCCGGACACCCCGGCCUGUCCCAGCACUUGCAGGAUGGGGCCGGAGGGACCGAGGGGGAGGGCGGGAGGAAGCAGGACAUUGGAGACAUUUUACAGCAAAUUAUGACCAUCACAGACCAGAGUUUGGAUGAGGCGCAGGCCAGAAAACAUGCUUUAAACUGCCACAGAAUGAAGCCUGCCUUGUUUAAUGUGUUGUGUGAAAUCAAAGAAAAAACAGUUUUGAGUAUCCGGGGAGCGCAGGAAGAGGAACCAACAGACCCCCAGCUGAUGCGGCUGGACAACAUGCUGUUAGCAGAAGGGGUCGCAGGCCCCGAGAAGGGUGGCGGUUCGGCGGCGGCAGCGGCAGCGGCGGCGGCUUCUGGAGGGGCAGGUUCAGACAACUCAGUGGAGCAUUCCGACUACAGAGCCAAACUCUCACAGAUCAGACAAAUCUACCACACAGAGCUGGAGAAAUAUGAGCAGGCAUGCAACGAGUUCACAACCCACGUGAUGAAUCUCCUGCGAGAGCAAAGCCGGACCAGACCCAUCUCCCCGAAGGAGAUCGAGCGGAUGGUCAGUAUCAUCCACCGCAAGUUCAGCUCCAUCCAGAUGCAGCUCAAGCAGAGCACGUGUGAGGCUGUCAUGAUCCUGCGUUCCCGGUUCCUGGACGCUCGGCGGAAGAGACGGAAUUUCAAUAAGCAAGCUACGGAAAUCCUGAAUGAAUAUUUCUAUUCCCAUCUCAGCAACCCUUACCCCAGUGAGGAAGCCAAAGAGGAGUUAGCCAAGAAGUGUGGCAUCACAGUCUCCCAGGUAUCAAACUGGUUUGGAAAUAAGCGAAUCCGGUACAAGAAGAACAUAGGUAAAUUUCAAGAGGAAGCCAAUAUUUAUGCUGCCAAAACGGCUGUCACUGCUACCAAUGUGUCAGCCCAUGGAAGCCAAGCUAACUCACCCUCAACUCCCAACUCAGCUGGUUCUUCCAGUUCUUUUAACAUGUCAAACUCUGGAGAUUUGUUCAUGAGCGUGCAGUCACUCAAUGGGGAUUCUUACCAAGGGGCCCAGGUUGGAGCCAACGUGCAAUCACAGGUGGAUACCCUUCGCCAUGUUAUCAGCCAGACAGGAGGAUACAGUGACGGACUCGCAGCCAGUCAGAUGUACAGUCCGCAGGGCAUCAGUGCUAAUGGAGGUUGGCAGGAUGCUACUACCCCUUCAUCAGUGACCUCCCCUACAGAAGGCCCUGGCAGUGUUCACUCUGAUACCUCCAACUGAUCUCCCCGCAAUCGCAUCCCGGCUGACCCUGUGCCCCGGUCGGGGCAGGGGCAGGAGGGAGGGUUUCUCUCCCAACGCUGAAGCGGUCAGACUGGAGGUCGAAGCAAUCAGCAAACACAAUAAGAGUCUCCUUCUCUUCUCUUCUUUGGGAUGCUAUUUCAGCCAAUCUGGACACUUCUUUAUACUCUCUUCCUCCCCUUUUUUUUCUGGGUAGAAGCCACCCGUCCCCUGCCGCCAGCUCUCAGCCUGGUUUUGUCAUCUUCCCUGCCCCUUUCCCUCUGUCCUAGACUUCCUGGGUCCCUGCCCUCUAUUACAUAACGGAAGGAUAUUUUCAACAAUUAGUGGAAUUUAAAGAGGAAAAACAAUGACAAAGAAAAUAAUAAAAGUGUUUGUAUGUUUUCAUGCUGGUGGUUUGAGGAGCCAAAUUUACCUCACUCAUAUCCCUCACUCCCAAUUUUAAUAGGCAAUCCCUCUCUGUUUCUCUUGUUACUCUCACUACCUCUUAGCAGAAAUAUGCCACAUUGCCCUACUUGCUCCAGGCUUCCCUUCCCCAUCUUGCUCUUCCUUCCCUGGGGACAAUUCUGAUUCAAACACUUCCCUCUUCCUUCCCAGCCCCAGCUAUUCUUUGGGGACUGCCAUAGCUGGGCUUUUAAAGCCUCCACUGUUUCCAGUUACAGCUCUGCUAUGUUGAUUCUCAGGCAGGAAGUCAGGCAGCAGGAGAGGGCACAUGAACAGGAACGGCAGAAUUCCCACAGGCUUUCUCAUCCUGCCAACAUCCCUUGGUUUCAGAGGCACAGUCUUUGGAGAUCACACAACACUUAGUAAGCAAUAUUCAGACCCUCCUGCAAAACCAGGUCAAACUUAGGCAUGAUGAUGGAAUGCAUCAUUAAGGAGCAGAAGGUUCUUACCCUGAAACUUUUCAACUAUCCUGUCACACAUACAUACACACAUACAUGCAGAAGUAGGCAUAUGCACAAUCUCACACAUUCACUUAACCAAGAUCAUUCAUAGGCCAUAUGCAAAUACAUGAAUUAGCAACCAUUAGUAGCCAGAGCACUAUGCAUUGUGAGCUCAAUAGAGGGAAUUACUAGGAACUCUGAAUGAAGGUCACUGACACAAAGAAGGAGUAUGUGUCUGAGGCUUCCAGAACCUGUAGGCCCACCAGCAUGCACAUAAACAGAACAAUGUAUACAGGACUUGAUCGUGAUAAAGGUCAGCUUUCUAGUGUAAACCAUUCCCAUUGCCACCACCUCUGGAGCGCUCAGGAAACCGCACACAGAGCUUACAAUGUCUAGAAUAGAUUUGGUUCUGUUUUGUUUUUGUUUUAAUCUUACGGACAUUGCAUUAAUUAUCUAAAGUAGUAUAUGACACCAUGUUCUUGACUCCUGACUUCUUGUUCUAGAGGAAAGAGCUGCAUAAGAACAUGGCUCAAGCUUUUUCCUCACCCAAUUUGAAAACCUGAGGGUCAUGGGGAAAGAGGAGGUAAUGUUUUCACUGAAAUCAUCACAGUGAUUGAUUUUUAUUCCCUGGGAUCAUUUAAGAGAGAAGACUAUGUACUAGAAAGUUAAUCUCUAAUGUCAUCUUCAUAGCUGAUUCUACAGGAAUAAAGAUGGCAGCUCUGUCUCUUGAUUAAGUGGGAGAUGGCCAGAUCUCUUGGUGGCCUCAAUUUCUUUAUCUAUAAAAUGGGAAUGUUUAUGCUUGGGUCACCAGGAGGCUUGUAAGAGACUGAGGAAAUUUAUUUCAUUUAUACCCAAGUAAAUGUAAAGUAAAGGGAAGUAGUGUCUCAGAUAAACUUAGGGCCCAUGACAUGUAGGAACAAUAAAUGGUAUCCUGUUCUAACUUCUGGUUCCCGUUAGCACCCUGAUAUCAUCAUCAUGAUGAUAGGUUAUUGUUGUUGAUUUUAUGGUUUUGAUUCAUUUGGUUUCUUAGAGGAGAGAAAGGUUUCCAAAAUAAAACAUUAGGACCUGGUUCUCUCAGUUUGCAGUUGAAUCCAAAAUGUGGCCUUGUAAGUUCUUAGUUCUAUGUCACAUUCACUCUGCUUUAGAGGCCUCCAGGUAGAGGUACAAGACCCAGGAAGGGUGAGGCUGGCUAGCUCACAAGGUCAUGGAAAAACCUCAUGGCACCCCAGUAAUGCAUAGAAAGUGCUUCUGUGUUGUGUGUAUGGAAGGAAAGGGGAAAAAGGAACUGCUCCAUAAGAAAGGAUAUAUGUAUUUGAAGGAAAUGCAAAAAGUAAAUAUUUGGCAAGAUGGGAUUAUGUCUUGAUGACUAAGAGCAAUAGAAGGGCUUUGUCUGCCAACCUGUGCCAUAACCAGAAGAGGGUUAGAUAAAGGGCAACAGGUUUGGGUCUUUUUGGUUAGAAGUAGCAUAUUUGUGACAGCUCUGUAGUAAUUAGAAACAGCAGAGAGCUAUGUCUUAUUGGCAGAAAUAUACUGAAACUACCCCUUGCGUUUGGGCAAAAUACAAAGACAGACACAAAAGGGUUCUCUUGGAAACAGGAAGGAUGAUUCCAGAUUUGUAUUGAAUGAUGCAUUUGAGAUGAAAUAAUGAAAAAGAUCAGAGCAAUGCUCCACUUGCACAGGCAGUUUCUCUCACUGAGUAGUUUGCACCAGUUAUCACCUCUCACAGCAUCUUUCCCACCCAGCACAUCACGCAGACCUCCUUGUAUCCAAUGCCUUUCCCACAACCUCCCCUCCAAGUCCACUAUCACUUCCAAUGUGGCAGCCACGAUCUCUCAGCAUUAAGCCAAGCUUGAGCACGCUGGCUGCAGAAGGAUGGGAAUGGAAAUAGCCAUGCCUCUGGAAAUACAGCUCCCUGGGAAUUCACAUUAAGUCAAUCCUACAGAUUCCAAAAUAUGCUCCAGGAUUCCUUCAUUUUCUAAUGCAAGUGGAGUGCUCCAUUUUCCCUGACAGCAAAUUUCCUCUGAGAAAUGGUACUAGACUUGGGUUUGCCCCCCAUGUAAUUUUUCAUUAUAUCCUCCUUUUCAUCCCUGACUCCUCCCCCUGGUGUGGAAUUGACUCUUGGCAGUACUUUUGCCAAGUGGCGCUUUCUUUAAAUUUAUUUUUUGUUUUGCUGUGGUGGUGGUCCUUUAUUUGCCAGUUGCCUUUUCUCAGACAUAUCUUUUUCCUCUCUUUCCUUCUGCUUUUUAUUUUUCUGCCCAGAAAAACCUGACUUCGAUACCAAAAAAGAUAAAACUACAGAAACUCAAAUUUAAAAAAAAACUUAAAAAAGAUACUCAACAAUUCUUUCAGCUUUAUUAACAUUUUCCAUUGUUUCUUGCGACUUGUGUCUCGUUCUUUGUAGUAUUGAUGAUGAACAUUUGAUAAUGAAUGUUCUUGUAUAUUCAGAUAAAGAAAAAAAAACCAAAAAAGCGGUCUGAAUUUAAUAGUGUUUAUAAUAAAAAUUUUAAAAAUGACCCUCAUAGCACGCAAAACAGGACGGGGGGUUUCCCCUCUUCUUUCUGUGACAAUGCGCAUCAUUCCUGCAUUAGUUUUUAACACCAAACUACCUACAUUCAUCAUUUCCCUCAUUUUUCUUUUAUUUUCUCGCAUUUGUGAAUUAGUUCAAGAAUGCUAGAAAAGUGUCGAGUUGUGCACAUCCAUUUCCUGUUUCACAAUGUUUAAAAGUGACAGUAAUUCAUUUUGUAAACUUAAAAAAAAAGAAAGGUUGGAAUAGUGAGCAUAAUAGGUACAACCUAACACGUUAUUAUGUUUAUUAACUUUGAGACCCAGAAAUAAAUUCUUUUCUUUUCUUUAUUCCUGCUCUUAAAAAUACAAAAAAAAAAAAAAAAAAAAUCAUUAUGUUUUGUGUUAUUUUUUGGUUUGUUUAUUUGGGGGGGAGCUAUUUUUUGUCAGGAUUAUGAUCUUGCCGUUUUUAUUCCUUAAAUAUGUAUUCGAGGUGAUGUGAAAAGAUGACAUUGGUAGACUAGGCUGUUACUUUGUGUUCUUCUUUGCUUCAGAAUUCAGUUGACUUCAAAAACAAAGAUGAAGCCUUUUUUGAGGCUGCAUUAUGCACACCUGUAUUUCUACAGGGUGAGACACUCCUGAUAUAAAUAGUCCGGGACUUGGGUUCUCCUUUUGACCAUUUAAAAAUCAAUGAAUCCAUUCAAGGGAUUUUCCAUGCUGUAGGGAAGGUUUUUGCCUUUGUGGAACCUGAAUAUCACAACAAGGUGCUUUCUUUUCUGUCUCCCUGGUUAAUAAAAACAUUCCACAAGGCCUUUUCAACCAGAGAACAUUUUUCUUCCAGAUGAUGGUAUGAUGGGCACCAUUGGCCAGGUAGACUAGAUCCAGGAAGCAGUCACUGGGGCCCAUCUGCCUGCUGAUGCUUUGAGUCCUGAUUUUAGAUUAAGAGUUGGUGAGCUAUUGAGCCAGUCUCAAUGGUCUUAUUGAGCUGUAGUUUUUAUGCUAAGGGUUUAAAUGUGAUUCACUGGCAGUACACCUCUUAUUAACCUCUGAUUCAGGUGGCUGCUUACAGCAAAUUGUAAGACUGGCUUGAUGUGGGAUGUUUUUAUUAGUUGUAGGAAAAAAAACAAUAUUAUCUGGAAGAAACUUAUUUUUUAAAAAUCUUUCAUUCAAUAAAUUCUUAAGUAUUCAGAAAUUAGGCAGAGCCUAAGGAAGAAAAGUGAAGAAAGAAUGCAGAAUUGUGGGGCAACUCUUCGGGAAGUGUCUCCACCCAACACGAGCGCUCUUGUUUAUAAGUCACAACAAAAUAAUGACAAGCUUUUCACAUCACCUUUUGGUUUCAAUCCCUAGCUCAAAGCUUUCUGGAAUCUUUUGUUUUUUGUAAACAUUAUUUUUUUUUUUCUUUUGUUAAAACAAAUAAAACAUUCAAUGUUUUUCCCCUUUCUCUGUUAUUACUUCUUUUCUUUCCUUUGGCU